AAAUAUAUAACCGUUACAAAACUUCCCCUCUUAGCCAUAACUCUCCAAGAACCAGUGCCAACUACACAGCUAAAACCAAACCAGAAAGAAGAUCUUGGAGGCUUGGAGCCAGAAAAGACUAACCGAGAAAUCCAAGAUUUGAGUUUGGUGUAACCAUGACUGUUGAGGCUAAAGUAGAGGAAACCCAAAUGGCUCAGGUUGUUAUUCCUGAAGAAGAGCCUAAAAAGAUUGUAGAAGAAAGCAAGAAAGAUGUUCAAGUGGAUAAUGAAGUGAAACAAGUUGUUAGUGAUGAUGGGCCUAAGCCUAAAACAGUUCAAAAGAGUUCUUCUUAUAAAGAAGAGAGCAAUUUCUUAUCCGAUCUUAAAGAUUGUGAGAAAAAAGCCUUGAAUGAGCUCAAAUCAAAGCUCGAAGAAGCUAUUCUUGGAAAUAAUAUUUUCAAGAAAGAGGAGAUAAAGAAGAAAGAGAAAGAAAGCGAAGCGAAAGAAGGAGAAGAAGGGGAAAAGAAUGAAGAAGUGAAGAAAGAAGGAGAUGAAGAGAAGGAAAAACAAGAGAAAGAUUGCGAAGAAGAGAAGAAAGUAGAAGGAAAUGAAAUUGACCAAGAUAUUGCUCUUUGGGGAAUUCCUCUUUUGCCUAGCAAAGGAGCAGAAGGCAUAGAUGUUAUUCUCUUGAAGUUCUUGAGAGCUAGAGAGUUCAAAGUCAAUGAUGCCUUUGAAAUGCUAAAGAAAACCCUUCAAUGGAGGAAAGAAUCCAAGAUUGAUUCAAUCUUGGAAGAAGAUUUACAGGUAGAUCUAAGCUCGGCCUUUUACAUGAAUGGCAUUGAUAGAGAAGGUCACCCUGUUUGUUACAACAUAUAUGGAGUAUUUGGAAAUGAAGAGCUUUACAAAAAAGCACUUGGAACUGAUGAGAACAGAAAGCAGUUCUUGAGAUGGAGAUUUCAGCUGAUGGAAAAGGGAAUUGGAAAACUUGAUUUGAAGCCUGGUGGUGUUACUUCUUUGCUUCAAAUUAGUGAUCUGAAGAAUUCUCCUUCUCCUUCAAAGAAAGAGCUUAGAGUUGCCAUGAACCAAGCUGUUGGGCUUUUGCAAGACAAUUAUCCUGAAUUUGUUGCAAGAAAUAUAUUUAUAAAUGUUCCAUUUUGGUAUUAUGCUUUAAAUUCUCUGUUAUCACGUUUCUUAACCCAAAGAAGCAAGAGCAAGUUCGUUGUUGCUCGUCCUGCUAAGGUCACUGAGACCUUACUCAAGUACAUUCCAGCAGAGGAAAUCCCUGUUCAAUAUGGUGGUUUCAAGAGAGAAAGUGAUUUUGAAUUCUCCAAGGAAGAUGGUGAAGUUUCUGAGCUCAUCAUCAAAUCAGGAUCAACUGCAACUAUUGAGAUCACUGCAGGAGAGGUUGGAGCUACAUUACUAUGGGACUUGACUGUUUUGGGGUGGGAAGUGAAUUACAAGGAAGAAUUUGUACCAAAUGAUGAAGGGUCAUACACCAUUAUAAUUCAAAAGAACAAGAAAAUGAGUUCAACUGAAGAACCGGUUAGAAACACUUUCAAGAACACUGAACUUGGAAAGAUUGUUCUCACUGUUGAAAAUAAUUCAGGCAAGAAGAAGAGAGUUCUAUAUCGCUACAAGACCAAGAAAAGUGCUUCCUUCUGAAAUAUUAAUCUUUAUAUAUAAAUUUUAUUGUUAACCCUUUGGUUAUGACAUUCUUUUUAGGGUGGAAAGUGGAAAAAUUCAUUCUUUUUUUAUGCAGGGGAUAUAUAAUGAUCCUCUGCUUUGUUUUUCUUUUUAUGAAUCUUUUGCUUAAUAUGGAGAGUUUCAAUGUUACAGAUUGGUUUACAUAUAUGUACAAGUAAUAAAUUAAAGAUUGAUUUGGCUUAA